AUGGCUAUGCCUACGGCAAAUCCACACCACCCACAACAACCUGUCACCAUGUCCUCCAGCAUCCCCUCCAACGAAAAUAACCUGGAGAGUCAGGUUCAAGACAAGCCUGCUGCCGCUGUAAUAGACACGGUAGAGGAGGUUGCACCGGACAAGCAUCCGGCCCAGAUACCAGAGCUCGUUGCUGAUAAGAAACAUGAUGUAAUCGACAAGUCCGACGAAGACGCCACUGGCAGCGAGGGCAACGACGAAGACAGUGACGACGACGCCUUCCCCGUGUGGAAGCAUGGAUUGCCCCGCGGAAAGAUCUCUUCCAAUGUCAAAGGCGGGAAUGGAACCAAAGGCGGCAGUGGUGGAAUAAGACGGUGA